GAAAUUUUGACCAAUGAAAUAUCGGCAUACAGGUAACGUAGGUACAGCGGGGAAGGAAGAACGGAGAUAGAAGGAAAGAAGGUCCUUGGCAUUUGCGAGGGAUCUCAAUUAUGUUCUACAAAGUCAGGUUAAAGAUAUAUUCCGAAGAAGAAAAACAUUCAUAUAUCCUCUCCAUCAAGACGUAGAUUUAUCCUUUGCCUUUGACUUAAAAAAAUAAAUUCAACAUGGGACUGAAAAGAAAAUUUGAUGAACCUGCAGAAACUGGAGUUUUUCAGAGACAGUCGAUACUAGAUAUUUCAAUGUUCAAACUGCAAUCAAGUCCUGUGAAAAGAGUUGAACCUUCACUUCUUAGAUCUGUCCUCAUUCUCAACACACUAAAACACAUUGAAGUUGAACUUCAAAAAGAUGGAGUGCAGUCCAGUUUACCAGACAGUGCUUCUUUUUCACUAGAUGACAAUUCUGACAUUUCAAUGGACAUUUUACCAGAUUUACAUGCAACCCAUGAUCAUAUAUUGCAAAAUGACACAAAUGUGCUAAAUACAUCGAAAGCAACCACUAGUCCACUACCACCAAUAGAAACUUUUGUAGAAUUGUCUAACGUUUCUUGUACAGAACCAAAUGCAUUGAAACCACAUGAUGAAAGAACAAGGUGUGAUAAAAGUGACUUUUUCCAAUCUCAUCACUUUCAUUCAGCAUCACCAACUAGAGUGGAAGACAUGUUAGCAGAUUUAGAUUUCUCACAGACAGAUUUUGACAUAUUCUCAACUCUUGCGUCAAGCAUGAAAUUGACACCUCUUAGUGCUGAAGAAGUUAUUCACUCGUUCCCGGUGCACUCAAAUGUCAUCUCAGAAAGUUAUGCAUCUUUGUUCAAUGCCUCUGUAAACAAUUCUACAUGUAAGGGUGAAGUUCUUCCAGAAGAAAUUGAAAAUAUAAUGCAAAUUCUUGUAGGGACAUGACACAAAAACAUUUGUAGACCAUAUCUGUAGUGUGUCAUUGUUCACAGUGGUGCCGGUAGUGGUUGUGAAUCACAUCCAUGCCAUAUUGUGCAAUUCUCAUAUUAAUUUAAAAUCAUUAUGACAUGUUAUGUAUAGACUGUUGAGAUUUUAUAUUUUGUUGUUUUUGAAACAUUAUUAGAAGGCAUCAGAGUACUGCCAUAUAAAGACACAUCUUAAUUGUGCCUAAAAUUCAAACCAGUUUAUAAAACAUUCCAAACCCGUUUGUAUUUUUUAUGUACUACUGUUAGAUUUAUAUAUGUGCAAGUAUGAUGCAUUAAGUUGUUCUUGCUGAGAAGUGUAAAAUAAUCUUCUUUUCAUAAUUGUGUACAUGUGAUUAUAAAUGAAAGAAGUAGUGCUUAUUAAAGCCUUACUCAGUGCUCAUGUCUUGCUGUUACAUUAACAAUCCAACAACAUUUAAAGUUGAGAUUGAAGUUUUAAUCUAGACAAAAUAUCACAAAAAUUGUUAUAUUUAUAAGCUUAAUUGUGCAUAUUUACAUGGCACAUGAAGUUUUGUUCAAACUAAGCUAUUGCAUACUUCAGUAAGUUAAAUGUAGAUGACACAUGUUUAUAUGAUGUUUUAAAGUACAUUACAGUUAACUGUUUGUACAUGUUGUGUCUUUGAAAUGGAAGUUAGGUAUAUGCAAUAUCUAUUUUGAAAGUGCUGGGAUGACGAAAAGAGUUUGAGAUUUGAUAAUGAUAAUUUGAAUUUAACUUGUAAACAUUAAUAUAUGCUUAAUGAACAAAUGAAUUGAUUUGACAUUUUUGAGUUAAUUUGUAGAACCUUCAAAGAAGGCAGUAUUAAGAUAAAGGAAAACAUUUCCAAAGACUGAAAAGUACAAGGGUCAUGCAAAAUUAAUGGUACAUGUAUGCAUAGUUUUAUUCUACUUGUAAUUCUGAACAUAAAAGAUAUAUUUGUAAAUCUGGAAUAUUUAAAGAUACAAUUUGUAAUCAAAUUUUAAUUGAUUUAUUCCUCUUUAUAAUGUGCAAUAUUUUCAAAACUGCUGAAAUGGUCACAUAUUUUACUCAAAAAGAAAAUCGCAUUCAGCUUAUAAACUCUAGUACAGUCAAUGUAGUCCAAUCUUAUGCUUGCCUAUACAUUGCUUAUAUUUAUGAAUACAUUUGCUUUGGUCUUGUUACCAGCUUGUUUUGAUGACAGCCCUCAGACUUGUACAGUGAAUGGGCAUAAAAUUUGUUUUACCGUUGUAUGUAUAUCAAACUCUUAUAUUUCACUAUUUUCUUUUUGCAUAAAAUAGAAAAGCACAACGCAAACAGAUUGGUGAUUUCUUUAAUAGACUGACCCUUUAUGGAUUGUAACAGUUUAUGUAUAACAUUUGUACUUAACUUAAUUGUGAUAAAUUAAACUUUUAACAGUGUGAAAUGAAAACUUGUAGGCAAUAAUUUGAUUUUUCUUGUGUUAUCUUUAAAGGGGUAAUUGCAUAUACAUUUAGGUUUUGAAAAUUGUUUGUUUAUAAAUAGGUUGCAAUUUUCUUCGUACUGUUGAUUUUAAUUAUUAUUUAUAAAUGCAGUUGUUGGUAAUCAUAAAAAGACUAAAAGUAAAACAUAAACAGUAUUUAUGCAGAUCUACAUUUGUAAAAUAAAAUUCAUGAACAAAAUUAAGUCAAGAGCACAACCUGUGACUAUGAAAGAUAAUUUCAGGCUGAAGAUAAAUAAAAAAAAUUGUAAGACAUAGAUUCUCAAAAUUCGUUUUAUUUACUUUUACAUGUAGUUUAAGAAUUUUUAAUAUUUUGUUCGGCACUGGAAUUUAAUUAUCAUUCAAAGGAAAUUUUCUGCAUUUUAAUAUUAUUGAAGAUUUUUUUCAUCUUUUGAACUUUACUUGUUAGAAAACUGACAACCAAAAAUUUGUAUACUCAGUAAAAAAUAAUAAAUUCAUUUGUACCCUAAGAAAUGUUAUCUGUGAAAUAUUUGAUUGACAGUCUUUGUGAAGCUGCUUGAAUCUAAGAUUUUUUGUAGCACCAAAUGAAUGAUCACUCUACUGAUCAGGUAAUCCAUCCAUAUGUUUACUUACAAUAAUAUACUUCUCAGUAUGGUCACUAAUUACUGUAUUUUACUUAAGUUUUAAUUUGAAUUUUUAAAUCAGGGUGUUUUAUCUUGUGUUUUUUUUUUAACAAAACUUGUAAUUUUACACGAAUAUUUUGUUGUGAAGUUGUACAUUUCAUUAGUAUUCAUUGAAUAUGUUUAUAAAUGGAUCAUUAUUUAUUUAUUGAAGCCAUGUUUUCAUGCAUUUUAUCAUGUUUGAGCCAAAUCAAGAAUAUUUUAUUCUUUUGAUAUAUGCAAUUAUUUAUUGUUCAUUGACAUUUGUAUGAUAAGUACUUUUAUUUAUUUUUGUACAGAAGGCAUUUGUUAAGAAUCAAAGAUCUAUGUAUAUCAUAGAAAAAAUAUAAUAGUGUUUCUUGUUGAAAAAAUACAGAUAAAGAUGUUUAUGAUCUCAAAGUAGUAAUAGAUGUAGUGUUUAAGAUGUAACCAGAGGGUAUUGAUCUGCAGCCAGGGUUUAUUGUCAAUGUCUCUUACCCAAUAGUAAUCCUAAAAAAAACUAGAUGUAGAUCACUGCAAUGCCAGGAAGUCCAAGGUCUUUUUCUUAAAUUUUGACAAGCCAAUUUUGUGUAUAUCCAUCAUGUUGAUACUUAUAUUUUGAUAAGUGAGUUGUCAUAUUUAGAAAGUUUUGGAUAAUAAAGUGUUUAAAAUGAACAGGGAAAAAAUAUGACCAGAUUAUGCAUAACUCUGUCAAAUAAUGUUGAAACUGGGGAAAAAAGAUUGUAUUUUAAAUAGAUUGGAAUAAUUGUUCUGUUUUGACUGACAUUUAAUCAUUCCUGAACAGAAUUAGCUCCCUUUACAACUAUGCCAUGUUCUCCUGUUAAAUACCUAAAAAAAAGAAAUAAUUUAGCACAUUCAUUCAUUGUCAAUUCAUUUGAGGAAAUGAUACAAUUUGUAAGUCUAUCACUAAGCAAUUCAUAUUUUUUUGUUUAAUUCAAGUGGGAAAAACGUAAUUAUACAAAACACCAGAUUUUCAAAAUAAUGUGAAAAAAUGGCAUUUCAAUAUGAUUCAGCAGCUUCUUUGCUGUGUAGUUUUCUAUUUAAACCAAAGAGUAAAACCUUUGUAGCAAUGUUCUUUUUGAAGUUAUUGAUGGCAGUUGUUGGCAGCUUGUUGAAAGGAGUUUUGUGUGAUAGAAUACUGAUGUGAUAUACAUCUACAGCAAUACUUUUGUAUAUAUAUAUAAAGGAAUAAUUUAAAACAUGUUUUGUUAUUUGUAAAUACUAUAUUAUGAAUUCUAUUACUCUAUAUUAUUAUAUUUAUAGCAUACUUAAAUGAUCUGAUUUUGUAAAUACAUUUUCUGCCUUGUACAUUUUGUUGAUACUAGUCAGUUUUAGUUUGCAGAAGUAGGUAGCUAUGUCUCUUCUUUUCGGGGGGAUAUUUCUUCUCCAAAUCUCCAAAAGUUGCCUUUUUACCAAAGAGAACUAACUCAAUUUAGUACCUCCAAUUGAACAGAAUGAGUUUGAGACUAAAAUAUUCAAUUCAUUAAACUGCAUGGUACAAAGUUAAAUUGUUAAUUAAUCUUAUAAAUAUGCAAAACAACGUGUACUAUAUGAUUUAAGAAAAACUAGUGAAAUUGAAUUGUAUGAAACCUCUUGAACUAUAAAAAAUCACUGACUCCACCUUUUGUAAAUUUGAAAAUAUUAACUGAAAGACAUGCUCUGUUUAUAGACAUAACACAACAGAUGGAAAAUUAGAAAGUUUUUUAUUUUGGUAGUCUUAAUUUGCAAUGUUAUUGGUAUCACUGGUACACUUCUUGCUAAACUGAAGAGAGAAUUUUGAAGCCAUUAUUUUUUUAUAAGAAAUAAUUAGUAAAGACAGAUGCAUACCAUGACAAAUCAUAUGAUAGUGGUAUUGUUACCAUGUCCCACCUAGGAUAGUACAGGGCAUUCUGUUUCAGGAUGUGCAUUGCUUAUUUUGUCGACUGUAUCAGGUUAAUAAUGACUCAUUUCAAGGUAGUUUUAAUACAAUAUUGAAGUAACAUCCAAUUGAAACUUGGCACACCUAUGUUCAUUAUGAUGUGAACUUUUAGAAUAUAUGCAAAUUAAUGGUUAAACUCAAUUUUUCAGUUUACUAAACAUGGAAAUGUGAUAGUGGAAGGGGUAUAUUUGAUAAAUUUUAAAUUCCACAAAAAUUAUCAGUGUCAUUGACAAGAGAACCAAAUGAUUUAUCAAGUUGUCAGCUUUAAUGCAUUAGCAUGGUUGUAUUAAGCCACCUCAUUGUUCUGUUUAGAUAUAUAAUUUGAUCAAUGUGUUGAACACAUUUUUCAACUACUCUUUUUAGUUAAAAAAAUGAUUAAACAAACAUUCAUACUAAUAGGUCAGAAAAAUAGAACCAAUUCCAAUUCUUAGACUCAUAGCUCUACUUUCUGAUUCAUAAGCUUGGUUUUAAAAUUCAUAUAUGUAUGAUACUGAAUUUGAUUUCAAUCUUACAAUUACAUAAAACAUGUAUGUCAAUAUUUAAAUUUGUUUUUAUUUGUUGAAAAAUCAUUUGAGAGAGAAGGGACACUGCUCUGUUAAAAAAAUGUUUCAGUAUUUUUUUCUACAUAUACCAGUAUGUACUAAUAAUAACAUUUUAACUGCAAGUUAUAAGUAAAUUUUAAUUGGUUGUAAAUUGUUUUUGUAUUGAAUUUUACUGAGAAAGGAUCAACUUUUUAAAUUUUUUAUUGGGAAAAUAAAUUUCAUGGGGUAUAAACAGAUGAUAAUUGAAUUAUGAUGGCUUGUUUUGUAAGUAAGUCAAUCGUGUCUCUUUUUACAUUUCAUACCACAUUCAUGUCAUUACUGUAUUAUAGAGAAAUAUUUUUGCAAACAAAUUGAUAGAUUAUAUAUGUUAAUAAAUAUUUUAUACCUUGA